UGUUUUCCACAUUUUCCGCAUUUUCCGUGAGUUUUCGUGGAUUUCGUGCGAACUAAGAGUGCUAAGAGUGAAUUCAAGUCGUUUGUAACUCCCGCCGUCGUUCCCGUUGCAAGAGAAGGCCGAAAAAGUGGAACACUGCGCUCAGGUCCAAGAAGAGAACGAUCGAAGACGAGGCGGAAUCCGGAAAAGGAUUCUACAUCCUUCCUUGGAUCCUUCUACAAGAUCCGGUUCAUACCAGCUGCUGCUGCCGAAUCAUGACCUCGCACUGGGAAGACUUCUACGCCACGCAUCUGCCGCCGAACUGCUUUGAGGACAAUCGAUCCUUGCUGAAGGAAUUCUGUGACCGCCACUACAAGAUGAAGAGUCACAUCGUGCUCGUUACGUCCGGCGGUACAACUGUUCCACUGGAGCACAACACAGUUCGAUUCGUCGAUAACUUUAGUGCCGGUAACCGUGGGUCUGCAUCGGCGGAAUACUUUCUCGAACACGGCUAUGCGGUGAUCUUCAUGCAUCGUACAAAAUCACUAGAACCAUUUUCGCGUCACUUCACUGGCCAGCAGUUGCUCGAUAUGCUGGAGCUACACGAGGAGGGCAUGAGUACCACCAUCACAGUUAAACCAGACUCGGUAGACGUGCUGGCACCGGUGCUCGAUAAGUAUAAGAAUGCCCAGGAGACGCAUCGGAUGCUGUACAUCACCUUUACCAGCGUGGUCGAUUAUAUGUGGUUACUGCGUGCGGCCUGUGAAUCAUUGGCACCGUUCGAGCGAAACGCAGUACUCUUCCUAGCCGCGGCCGUAUCUGACUUUUACGUACCGCAAGAUGAAAUGCCCACGCAUAAGAUCCAAUCGGGGCACGGAGCACCGACGAUAUCGUUGCAAUUGGUUCCGAAGAUGCUUGCCCCGUUGGUGAGCCUUUGGGUACCGCAUGCUUACGUCGUAUCGUUUAAGCUCGAAACGGACGAGGCGCUACUGAUCGCCAAAUCACGCGAAAGUCUCAACAAGUAUAAGCACAAACUCGUCAUCGCGAACAUACUGCAGACACGUAAAAAUCGGGUGGUGUUCGUAACACCAAACAGUAACUACGAAAUCGUACUGACAAAAGACCAGGCCCACACCGGGCUCGAGAUCGAGGAACCGAUUGUUGCUGAUGUGGUGCGCCGGCAUCAGGAUUAUGUGCGCGAACCUGAGCAGCAAACGCAAUGACCAACGCGCUCGACCGGCAGACAAUCGGCCAACUCAGCCGGCACUCAGGUCGACUGCCGUGUCACGCACCCGCAUUUCUGUAAGGUGCUUAAUCCAGGUAGAAAGUUUUAGAAGAUCGUCAUUACGAUCGCGGUGAAGCUAACGGGCUGAUCAGCACUGGUCACUGUAGAGCCUGCGUAACGGUGGAGAUAAAUUGAUUACGACUUUCGGUCUUGGUCUGGCAUUGGUGCAGGAAGCUUAGAAACAUAUCGUGACCCUUUAGAUGGUCUCGAUAAGCAAUGGAGCACAACAAGGGGAAUUCGCUCAUGAAAAACAUUCCACGCGCAAUCCUCGCCAACCACAGGACUCAGAUCGUGGACGCAGCGUUUUGUGCCGCCCUAUGUUAUAGUUGUCAUUAUGUUUUGGCGCUCCGACUAGUUCGUUAGUUCGUUUUAAGGGCAGCUACAGCGCCAAAAAAGUGUUGAAGCGAUUAGAUUAGAUAGUUAGUAAUCGCACCAAGCUAAAGCACCAAUAACAUUUCAUCAACGGCCGUUCUACUAUCCAAAGGCAUAGGGGGAGAGAUUGUUCUUUUCAAUGGAUUCGUUUUGUGAUUCGAUUAAUGUUACUAUUUAUUGACUUGAUCAUGUGUUAACGCUCGAGCUUUUACGAGCAGGUUCGUUGUUGUUUCGAUCAGCAUUUGUUGCUGCAUGUAAAUGAAUUAAGUUAAAUAAUACCAGCAAAUGCGUAUGUCUUUGGCACGCCUGUCUAGCGGGUACGAUAGAGGAUAAUUCAAACGUGCGCCACGCACGUACUCCUGUUAGACCAUUCGGUAUCAAUCCUAUGCCUAGCAGUUCCUAACUUCAUUCGUUCCUUGGACGAGAGAAUCACACGAUGUGAUUCCACUCAACAUUCACAUAGCGCAUAAACCACCACCAUUCGCGAAAUAAGUGUGUGUCUGUGAAUGUGUCGGGUUGUAAGCUCAUCUCUUGGUCAAACUGCCAUGUUACGUUCUCUGUUUUGUUAUAAUUUUUUAUAUACUUUUUCAUAGUAUAUGUACUUCCGGUGAGGUCAAAAGGAAGCAAGUUAACAAUUAUCUCUUAGGAAGUAACCCAAUCCGUCAUCAUGUAGUUCGAUGUGCAUGGUGGAGAAUGUAACAGUGAAGUAUCAGAACACCGAGAAUCCUCUGUUCGUUUUUUGAGCUUACAACCGGAAUUUAUAUAUAUACAAAUACAUAGUGGAAAGUUUAUCACAAGUCAACCGGUUUGCCACAAACCGACAGUCCUCGUUAGAGUAACUCCUCAACCUUUUGAAGCAACCUU